CAAAUGGCGCCAAAUCAAUUGUGAUUCAUUACAUCUUUUGCCUUUUGUCAACAUACCAAACUAGAUACAGCGCAAAUAUAAUUUAAUUCCAGUGUUAUUCCCGGUAAUAAUGGAGGGCGAAAACGGAAAUAUCGUCAAUAAAGACAGUGGAAAUGAAGAGGAACAAGCAUAUUUGCAGUUAAUUCGUGAUAUUAUCAAUAAAGGAAGCAAACGCCUCGACCGCACGGGUGUUGGUACCCUGUCGAUAUUUGGAGCCCAGAUGCGAUUUAGUCUACGCGACGGGAUCAUACCGUUGUUAACAACAAAAAAGGUAUUCUUUAGAGGAGUGGCCGAAGAACUACUUUGGUUUAUCAAGGGCUCGACGAAUGUCAAGGAUUUGCAAGCAAAGGGAGUACGCAUUUGGGAUGGUAACAGCACUCGAGAGUAUCUGGAUUCGUGCGGCUUCACCGAUCGUGAGGAAGGGGAUUUGGGCCCGGUAUAUGGGUUUCAGUGGCGCCACUUUGGUGCCACCUACAAAACAUGCCACGACGAUUACACAGGUCAGGGAAUAGAUCAGCUGGCUGAAGUGAUCGACAAAAUUAAGAACAAUCCCUACGACCGUCGAAUCAUCAUGUGCGCUUGGAAUCCCUCUGAUAUUCCUAACAUGGCGCUACCACCAUGCCACUGCUUGGCACAGUUUUUCGUUAGUGAUGGAGAGCUGUCGUGUCAGAUGUAUCAACGUUCGGCCGACGUAGGUCUGGGCGUGCCCUUUAACAUUGCCAGCUACUCCUUGCUGACUCACAUGAUCGCGCAUGUCACCGGACUAAAGGCAGGAGAGUUUAUCCAUACCACCGGCGACACUCACAUUUAUUUGAAUCACGUCGAUGGCUUGCGUGAGCAAAUAGAAAGAACGCCCACAAAAUUCCCAACACUCGUUUUUAAACGAAAGGUAGAAUCAAUUGACGAUUUUACCUAUGACGAUUUUGAAAUCAUGAAUUACAACCCCCAGUCUGCGAUAAAAAUGAAGAUGGCAGUUUAAGAAAGAUCGUUAAAUGUUUCACAGAAAAAACCCCUACAAUUUGCUAAUUGAAUGUGUUUGGAAAUGUCUAUUGACACACUAAAUCGCCUCAUUCACUCACUUGGUUCUCUUUCCCGGAUGAUUAAUUGUUUUUAUGUCCAUAAAAUACUUGAAGUGAUAUCAAUGAAGUAAUUAACUAUGCUCAAUUUAUACUUUAUAUACAAACAAUAUUGUCCAUCAUGUAUCAUUCAAUUUUUGGGCACAAAAUAACCUUUCGCGCAAAUUAAAGACAUUUUCUAAAGCUUAUCUUAUUUGUUUCUAUACCAGUCUCAAAUGUGGGAAUGGAAAUGAUCACUAACAAUAAUUAGAAGUAAUAUACUAAAGCUAGAAGAUGAAUCCAAAUCCUUCCUGCCACACUAUUUUUUGCAGGAGUUUACAGGAUAUUUAUCCUAAAGAUUUUAUUUGCUGCAUGAAUUUAUACUGAAAUUAAGAUGUUUUUGGUCUCAAAUUUAAUUAUUGAUAAUUUUAUAUCAUAAUAACCUACGGAUAUCGUUGAAAAAUAGGGUAGAUUUAAUAAAAAAAAAACAUGACUGUCCAAAUGAAUAAGCACUUCUUCUAUAAAUCAAUAAAAUUAUUAUAUAUGUCAGAAAAAUUUA